CGUGACCUAGUUGACAGGCUCUGAGGUGCUGCUGUGGCGGCGUCCGCGGGGCUGAGGCGUGUAGGAGCCGAAGCCGAACGCGGGCUGAGAGAGGAAAGCGGCGACUGGAGAGCCGCGAGCGGCGCGGGACGCAGAGCCUCUUUCACUUUUUCACUCCCGAGUGCCCCCUCCCACCCCUCCCACUCCAUACACACCCUGUUUGCCCGUGAGCCUGGGGAACUUGCAGCUUAAAGCCAGCCACCCCCACAGCAACAUGUACCCCAGCAACAAGAAGAAAAAGGUGUGGAGAGAGGAGAAAGAACGUUUACUGAAGAUGACCUUAGAGGAGAGACGCAAAGAAUACGUAAGGGACUAUGUUCCCCUGAACACCGUCCUAUCAUGGAAGGAGGAGGUGAAGGGCAAGAGCCAAAAUGAUGAAGAAAAUACUCAGGAAACAUCACAGGUGAAGAAAAGUUUGAAUGAAAAAGUUUCUCUCUAUAGAGGUGACAUCACAUUGCUAGAGGUAGAUGCUAUAGUCAAUGCGGUCUCUACAGACUGUUCAUCUGUGGCCUGGGUAUCAAGAUGCUUUUCUCAGAUCUGUGGGGCCUCUGGAGAAGAUAGGCCCUUGAAAGAAUCUCACGAACUUUUCUGCAGUACAGAGGUUUAA